AAUUUUGCAUCUGUUCCGUACAGCAAAAACUUACUGCCGCUGGCCAAGAAAAAAACUGCAUUCCCAGAUCCGCCGCCGCCAGUUUCCGGCGCCCAUUGCCGCCGAACCCCUCACCUUCUCCCGCUCGGCGGCUCCAUCUCCUCCUCCCACCGGUGCGCGCCCGCUACUUCGACCAGGGCAACUCGGUUAUCCCGGAUUCUUCCUCCUCCGAUCCUCCGAACGCGAGUCCUUUUGCUGGUUAUAAGCAGACAGGAUGGUGAAGAUCUGCUGCAUUGGAGCUGGCUAUGUCGGUGGCCCAACAAUGGCUGUCAUUGCCAUCAAGUGCCCAGCAAUUGAGGUGGUUGUUGUUGACAUCUCCAAGCCUCGCAUUGAUGCUUGGAACAGCGACACGCUCCCGAUCUAUGAGCCUGGCCUCGACGAGGUUGUCAAGGCGUGCAGGGGCAAGAACCUCUUCUUCAGCACCGACGUCGAGAAGCACGUCGCCGAGGCUGACAUCAUCUUCGUCUCGGUGAACACCCCCACCAAGACUCGUGGUCUUGGAGCUGGCAAGGCUGCUGACCUCACCUACUGGGAAAGUGCUGCCCGUAUGAUCGCUGAUGUCUCCAAGUCUGACAAGAUCGUCGUUGAGAAGUCCACUGUCCCUGUCAAGACCGCAGAGGCCAUUGAGAAGAUCUUGACCCACAACAGCAAGGGCAUCAACUACCAGAUCCUCUCCAACCCGGAGUUCCUUGCAGAGGGCACGGCGAUCGAUGACCUGUUCAAGCCUGACAGAGUGCUUAUCGGUGGCCGGGAGACCCCUGGGGGCCAGAAGGCCAUUCAGGCACUCAAGGCAGUGUACGCCCACUGGGUUCCUGAGGAGAACAUCAUCACCACCAACCUGUGGUCUGCUGAGCUCUCCAAGCUCGCCGCCAACGCCUUCUUGGCCCAGAGGAUCUCCUCCGUGAACGCCAUGUCGGCGCUCUGCGAGGCCACCGGCGCCGAUGUGUCAGAGGUGUCCUACGCCAUCGGCAAGGACUCCAGGAUCGGCCCCAAGUUCCUGAACGCCAGCGUUGGGUUUGGUGGGUCCUGUUUCCAGAAGGACAUCUUGAACCUGGUGUACAUCUGCGAGUGCAACGGCCUCCCCGAGGUGGCCAACUACUGGAAGCAGGUCAUCAAGAUCAAUGACUACCAGAAGAGCCGGUUCGUCAACCGUGUCGUGUCCUCCAUGUUCAACACCGUCUCUGGCAAGAAGGUGGCCGUUCUCGGUUUCGCCUUCAAGAAGGACACUGGCGACACCAGGGAGGCCCCAGCCAUCGAUGUGUGCAAUGGCCUGUUGGGCGACAAGGCCCAGGUCAGCAUCUAUGACCCCCAGGUCACCGGAGAGCAGAUCCAGCGGGACCUGGCCAUGAACAAGUUCGACUGGGACCACCCGAUGCACCUGCAGCCGACCAGCCCCGCGGCGCUCAAGCAGGUGAGCGUGGUCUGGGAUGCGUAUGAAGCCACCAAGGAUGCCCAUGCCGUCUGCAUCCUCACCGAGUGGGAAGAGUUCAAGAAGCUGGACUACCAGAAGAUCUUCGACAACAUGCAGAAGCCGGCCUUUGUCUUCGAUGGGCGCAACGUCGUCGAUGCUGCGAAGCUCAGAGAGAUUGGCUUCAUCGUCUACUCCAUCGGCAAGCCGCUCGACGCGUGGCUCAAGGACAUGCCCGCCGUCGCUUAGUUCUCCAGAGUUCACGUCGUCACGGGACGAGAACUGGUGGACCAUUCUUUCUAGUUUGCUUUUGCAGGAGACGAGGCUACAUUUUCUGUCAUGCAUAAAACAGGGUUCCGUUGGUAUCUUUUGUGGAGUUUUUCAUGUUUACAUUUUCGUCUGUAGAUCAUAUAUGUUCCUCAGUCUUUGUGCUGUUUGAGGACUGUAAGAAUGUUUCUGUAUCCAAUGAGUUUUAUAGCAAUUUGAUUCUCCCUUCUCUUAAA